CGUGUCUCCCUGUUUGAGCUCCUCCAUUAGUCUCGGUGAUUUUUCUCUCUUUUUUUAAUUUUGUGAAGACGUGUGCACUUAAUGAAGCAUGCCACGGCCAAGAAAGUGGUAUCCAGCUGGAUAUACGGUAAAUUCGGGCAGGUUGGUAAACGUAAGGAACGAUUUUCCGCGGUGGAUGUGAGGAAAUUGGAAAGUGAACUCUUCAACAGGGGCAAAAUGGACGUGUACGCACCCAACAACAGGAGGAACGUGACACCUUCCAGGAUAUUCUUCGAGAUAGCAGGAUGUAUUAGAAAGUUAGUUCUAUUCAAUUCUUACGAGACCAGGUGAAACUGGAGUCAGCAAUCACAAGAAGAAAAAAAGUGUCCGAGGCUGAGGGCUGGAAAGAUCUGCGAGCAGGUCUUGUUCAUGUCCACAUUGAAGAAUUCAGACCUGCCAAAAAAAAAAAAAAAAUGCAGCUUCUGUGGCUGUGCACAGGUCCCAGAGAUUGUCUUGUGUCCUGAUUGUGGACCUGGAAGACUAUUGCAAAUCAUGUGAUGAAAAGAUCUACUGUUUGGUGAUGUAUCAUCAGACAUACAGUUGGAAAGAAGACGCAUCAUUGUAUCUACCUGUGAAAAGAGAAGCAACCAUUUUGUCUGAGCACCAGUGUGACAAGCUCUACUACCAUCAGAUUGGAGUUUUUGAUGCACAAGGCAGAGAUCACAUCAUGAAAGUACAGUUCUGUGAAUGUGAGCCAGAAGCAGUAACACUAAUAAGAAAUGGCUUAUGGCCAGCAACACCAAAGAAGCCAGGGACCGCAUUUUGCAUGAAAGUGAUGGAGCUAUGCAGAAUGCUACAGUUAGAAGGACAAAUGUCUCUCCAGAAAUUUUGCAUGGCAUCGGAGCGGAGGACAACUUUUCUACAUAGUCGCAGCAGGGACUACAGAAACAUGUACAAGGCACUGGGUAAACAUGCUAUCAUUUUGUCACAGCAUGACUAUAGCAACAUGUACUAGACACUUGGUAAACACAUCAUAAUGUGUUGUCACAGCAGAGACUACAGAAACAUGUACAAGGCACUGGAUAAACAUGCUAUCAUAUUUUGUCACAGCAUGACUACAGCAACAUGUACAAGAUACUUGCUAAACAUAUCGUCAUAUGUUGUCCAAUAAGUCUAACUUUCAAGAAACUCCUCAGGGUAUAUUGCUUAAUGACUCCAUAGAGAACUGUAUCAGUGCCACUAGACCUGUAGUCAAGUAGUGCGACAGUUUCAUUUGAUGGAUGUAAAUAUAGUUUAAUUGCAAGGGUUAUAAGCCAAUAAUUUCAGUUUACAUUAUUUGGAAACUAUGGAAAGAAGAUAAGAUAAGAUAACUUUAUUGUCCAGCAAAGGAGAUGUGUCUUCCAGCAUGCAAGCAGUCAGAUAGAAAAUCAAAAA